CCUCUACUAGAUAGAUACUCCUCGGCCACCUUUUCCUGUACAUUCGGACGAGGGCAAUUUCGGGCAAAUGACGAUGGAAGGUGUCAACGUAGGGUUUAUCGGGGCUGGGAAGAUGGCGGAGAGCAUUGCCAGGGGCGUCGCCAAAUCCGGCGUCCUGCCCCCGGCCAAUAUGCGCACGGCGCAUCGUAGAGCCGACCGUCGUGACGCCUUCUCGUCAUUCGGCGUCAAUGUCUUCGAGCACAACACCGAGGUAGUCGAAAAUAGCGAAGUGAUCAUUCUCUCUGUAAAACCUCAAGUUGUAAAGGAGGUGGUUUUGGAUUUGAAGCCACUGCUUUCAAGGAAGAAACUUCUUGUGUCCAUUGCUGCAGGAACAAAAUUAAAAGAUUUGCAGGAAUGGGCUGGCCAUGGUCGACUAAUCAGGGUAAUGCCAAAUACUCCUUCAGCCGUUGGUGAGGCAGCAACAGUUAUGAGCUCGGGAGAAAUGGCAACAAAAGAAGAUGAAAAACUUGUAGAGUGUAUUUUUGGGGCAAUUGGCAAGAUAUGGAGAGCGGAUGAAAAAUUCUUUGAUGCAGUUACAGGCCUGAGUGGUAGUGGACCGGCAUACAUAUUUCUAGCAAUAGAGGCUAUGGCUGAUGGAGGAGUUGCUGCUGGUCUUCCACGAGAUCUUGCAUUGAAGCUAGCUUCCCAAACAUGAUAGAGGAAGACAUGAUCCAAUAUGUAUGCAAUCCCCAAUGCUUGAGUUCAUACAAGUGUUGCAUGUAUCUGGUACCCAGACUGUUGAUCUAAUGGGCCCCACCAUGGGUGUAGCAUGUCACAAGAAUCUCACCGAUGGGACAAUAGUAGCCCUUCGAUUAUGGCCUGCAAAUAGACAGUUAAGGGAAAAAUACAGCAACAAUCCUGAUUAGCCCGAGGGCUAAUCACUACCUCUGUGAAGGGCCAAGAUGGGCCAAAAUGAAUCACAUAAAGAUUGGAAACCACCACCAAGUAUCGUGGGUGUGCUACAGUAAUGUAAUAAUGCACUACAAUGACAAUUGUAACACCUGAAAAUGAUGCACAUAGUGAUUCUAUUUUUAGAAAUUCAAUUAGGAUUGUGUCCAAGUAGUUCUAUUUUUUUCAAUGUAUAGGACUCAUGUAGGGUUUUGUUUAGAGAUAAUAUAAGGUUGAGAUUCAAUAGAAAUCGAGGGCUAGCCUGCUAGGAUUUAAGACUAGGCUUUUUUUAUAUAUAUUAGGAUCACAUAUACAUUGUUAAAGACUCUUUUGGAAGGCUAUUGAUA